GCGUGCUUCCACGUUGAGUUACCGGUGAUUUCAGCAGACCAAGUGUUUGGUUCCGUCUGUUUUCAGCACCAGAGUUCAUUGUGUUGUUAGUGAUAUUUUCGAGUUACAAAGGGGAACAGUUGCUUACACCAUGGUUCUUGACUUAGACCAAUUCCGUACUGAUAAGGGUGGCAACCCAGCCAAAAUCAGAGAAAACCAAGCAAAGCGUUUCAAAGAUGUAACAUUGGUUGACAAAGUUGUUGAGCACGACACAGCAUGGAGAAAAUUGCGCUUUAGAGCAGAUCUUCUAAACAAGCUAAAAAAUGUUUGCAGCAAAGAAAUUGGAGAGAAAAUGAAGAAAAAAGAACCAGUUGGUGAUGAUGAUUCAAUUCCUGCUGACAUUCUGAGCAACUUAGAUGCUCUUACACAGGACAAGCUCAAGGAGCUCACUGUGACCCAGAUCAAAAAAGUUCGGCUCACUCUAGAUGACCAGAUGAAGGAGAAUGAUGCUAACCUCUCACAACAUGAGACUGACAGGAAUGAGGCUCUCAAGGAAAUUGGCAACAUGCUCCAUGAGUCAUGCAUUAUCAGCAAGGACGAGGAUGAAAAUGGCAUUGAGAGAACGUUUGGGGACAUAGAGACCAAGAAGAAGUACUCCCACGUGGAUCUUGUCGUCAUGAUUGACGGUGCUGACAAUGAAAGAGGAUCUGUCACUGCUGGCGGGAGAGGUUACUACCUCAAGGGCCCCCUUGUGUUCUUGGAACAAGCUCUGAUCAAUCAUGCCAUGAUGUUGUUGCAUGACAAGGGUUACACCCCUUUGUACACACCUUUCUUCAUGAGGAAACAAGUAAUGCAAGAAGUAGCUCAGCUGUCACAGUUUGAUGAAGAGCUGUACAAGGUUGUGGGAAAGGGCGGAGACAAAAAGGAUGAGAGUGACCAAGAUGAAAAGUACCUGAUUGCAACCUCGGAGCAGCCCAUUGCUGCGUUCCAUCGUGAUGAAUGGAUAGCCACAGAACAGCUUCCCAUCAGAUACAUGGGAUACUCUACGUGUUUUAGGCAAGAGGCUGGAUCGCAUGGAAGAGAUACUCGGGGUAUCUUCCGUGUGCAUCAAUUUGAAAAGAUAGAGCAGUUCUGCAUUACUUCUCCAGAGGAGAACAAGUCAUGGGAAAUGUUCAAUGAAAUGAUUACCAAUGCUGAAGAGUUCAACAAAUCUCUUGGUAUUCCCUACAGAGUUGUCAAUAUUGUUUCAGGAGAGCUGAAUAAUGCUGCUGCAAAGAAGCUGGAUUUGGAAGCCUGGUUCCCAGGCUCAGGUGCUUUCCGUGAGCUGGUGUCGUGUUCAAACUGUCUGGACUACCAGUCAAGGAGGCUGCAGAUUCGCUUUGGACAGACCAAAAAGAUGGGCCAGGAGACCAGCUACGUCCAUAUGCUCAACGCCACCAUGUGUGCCACCACCAGAACUCUGUGCGCAAUCUUGGAGAACUUCCAAACGGAGGAUGGAGUUGUUGUUCCUGAAGUGCUCAGAAAAUUCAUGCCUUCAGGCUACAAUGAAAAGAUUCCUUUUGUGAAACCUGCGCCUAUUGAUGAGCAAGAGGCAAAGAAGCAGAAGAAAGGCAAGAAGGGAGGCAAGCCGCCAGCAGAGCCAAAAGAGCAAUAAGAAUGCUAUUUCAAACUGAACAGAGAUUGGUACAUCAUCAAAGUGUACUCUGUUUUAAAUUAUUUCAUUGCCUGAAUGAGAGAGGGUUGCGAAUGAGAGGGUGAUACUGAUAGGCCUACAGUGUUAUACUUGAUUUGUUGUUGUUUUAAUCCCUAAGGUUUUUAUUUCGUUUACAUACUGUACUGUAGAUAUUUUUUAAAAUUAGGCACAAGUAAAAAGUAAAAGGCUUACAUUUUUAGUGUUGUCUUUAUCCACCGUUACAGUUCGUAACCUAUUACAGCCUUCUUUUUUUUCUGUUAGUACUAGUGCCAUGAUUAUGUCAAUGAUGUACUGCUCGUACUUAAAUUUCUUCCCUUUCUGCUUCAUAGGAAUGUUUGGUUCUUCCCUUUUAUGUUCUCUACAAGUGGCCUUCUUUUUUAAUGCUUAUGUUGGAUCUCCUUAACUUUUUUUAAAGACACAUCCUAAAGAGUCCCCCCUCUUUAAAAUAUUUUUGCUUUGGUUAUCAUAGCCACAGCAGAGAAAAGAAAUGUAUUGCAUGCUUCCUUUUUUAUGUUUUAGUAGAGGCGGAAGUAUUGCAUUGUUCUGGAGAAGAGGUUAAUGGUGUGUUAUGUCACAACUACUAAUAUAUUAGACCAACUAUUUUUGAACAGUGAAAAAAAUGUUCAGAUCCCUUACAAAUACCGGUGAGGGUAUAUUUUGAGUAAAUAGCCCAUUGAUGACCAUAGCAAAGACUUAGUUUUUAUCUUUUUGUGUUGGUGAAGUGAUAUAUCAUGAUCACAAAGUAUAAAAGAUAUUGGAAUUGCAUCCCAUUUCAAACUGUUUGUCAUUAUAGUAUAGCUGCAUAAGUUUUUUAGCUGAGUUUUUUUCUUUUUUUGACUUUGAGCUGCUCACCUUGAAUGUAUAAACUGAUGGUGGCAUUUUUUGUCUUGUAUCCUGUCAUCCUUUGAUACAUUUCAUGUCAUCCAGAAGUUAUCACUUGAUCACAAAUAUCUUUUUGUGUUCUUGCAACAAAGAUAGGUGGAAAUGUUAAUGAUAGCAAAAAGUUCCUCUCACAGAUCCUGAGUACCGGUAAUUAAUUAAUGUUUUCGUUGUUGAAAUUUUAAAAUCGCAUUAUCUGGUUAUAAUCUUGGCAAUAGGCAAACAGCAACCUUUUUUUUAAAAAAAAUAAUCUUGUAAUCUUCAUAUUUUUUGGAGCUAAGUUUGCCUGUAAAAUGAGGUCUGAACUGGGUUAUUAUUAAAGAUGUCUUGCUACAGUGCAAAAAUAUUUUUGAUCUAACUUGUAGCUUCUGCAGUUGCAAGCGCCGUAAAACCUCUACUAAAACUAAACUAACAUGUAGCUUUCCAUUAUGUAGAGUAAGAAUAUCUUCAAAUCUUGUGGUCUUCUUUCCUAUCAAACUUAUAUCGUCUUUAUCUCCCCUCCGUCUUUUUUGUGUUUGUUACUCUCUUGUAACGCCUCUAAUCUUCAGCAUUUAUAUGACCUUAUUGUGUUGAAAGUGCCGUAAAACUCUUACAAAAACUAAAAAGACCUUAUGGAAGUACUGUUCUCUCCCCUCUUCUCUCUGACCUCCUCUACUAUCAGCUCUCUGUGUUCAGUUGUACAUCAGGGGCACCCUUGGUGCAUCAGGUUUUUGCUUCUGUAAUACUAUUUCUUGACAUAUAUUAUACAUACAAUGCAAUGUGAAUGUGAUGCCACGUCUUGUGGGACGCUUUGUCCUUUGCCCCUACGCUUUGAGAAGACGGGAAAUAAAAUUGAAGAAACAAAAAAAAAA